AAAUUUUCACGCGACUUCUUUUGAUAUUUAGCCUUUUAGUUGUAAUGGCUUAGUUUUCUUCGGAAAAUAAAGCAAUUUGAGACCAUAUAUAGAUCAGAAAAUACCCAUUUAGAACAUGUGAGUUUUUCGUUCUCACCUUCAAAUUUAUUCAAUCAAACUAUCUUCAAUGUAUGUCAUAAACAAGAGCCAAAUAUACAAACAGAUUGCUAUAGAUAUAACUAAAUUGGAAAUUUUGCUAAGAACUAAAUAAUGUCAAGAAAUCGAGCUUUUUCCCAGGACUGUACUUCAGCAGUCAUACAGAAUAGAAAGAUGUCCCGAAAGUUUUCUGGUGUUAUUGGAGACAGACUAAAUAUUGAAAAUAUCGUUGAACAUUCUCCGAAAACGGCAAAGGAAAAGAAAAAAGUGGAGUAUGACUUCGGAAAACUAUCUGUAGAAGACAUUUAUCCCAAAUCUAAAAGCGGAAUCAUCACAGAAGAGUUUAUGAAUGAACUGUUAAAAAUAUUGGUGCAAUACGUCCAUAAGACAUUUGAUAGAAAAUCGAAAAUACUUGAUUUCCAUCAUCCCCAUCAGUUUCUGGACGGAAUAGAAGGGUUCAGUCUAGAUUUGGACGUUGGGCCGCAAUCUCUUGAACAACUUCUUGUCGAUUGCCGGGAUACUUUGAAAUACGGAGUAAAAACAGGCCAUCCACGCUUCUUCAAUCAACUUAGUAGUGGAUUGGAUGUUAUAUCUUUGGCAGCUGAGUGGGUAACUUCAACAGCAAACACAAACAUGUUUACGUUUGAAAUUGCUCCUGUGUUCGUCUGUAUGGAAACAAUUGUUCUGCGUAAGAUGCGUCAAAUAAUUGGUUGGGAAGAUGGUGAGGGAGAUGGAAUAUUUUCUCCAGGUGGAUCUAUUAACAACAUGUAUGCAGCAAUGAUAGCAAGAAAUCUAAGUUGUCCUGAUGUGAAGAAAUUGGGAAUGAAACAUUCACCAGACAUUGUGAUGUUUGUUUCUAAACACGCACAUUAUUCCAACUCAAGACCAGCGAUAACACUUGGAAUUGGAACUGACAAUGUUAUUUUGGUUGAUGUCGAUAACAGGGGACGAAUGAAACCAUGUGAUUUAGAGAAGAAAAUUCAAACUGCAUUGUUAAAUGGAAAACAACCAUUUUAUGUCUGUGCGACUGCUGCAACAACAGUACUUGGCGCAUUCGAUCCAAUAACACCCAUUUCAGCUAUUUGCAAAAAAUAUGGAUUGUGGCUCCACGUUGACGCUGCCUGGGGUGGAGGAGCAUUGAUGUCAAAAAAACAUCAUUCUCUUCUACGAGGAAUUGAUCGAGCUGAUUCUGUUACAUGGAAUCCACACAAAAUGAUGGGAAUAACUUUGCAGUGUUCCGCACUUCUCAUCAAACACAAAAAUCUACUUGAGGAAUGUAACAAGAUGGAGGCGAGCUAUUUAUUUCAGCAAGAUAAACAUUAUGACGUAUCAUACGAUACAGGGGAUAAAACAAUACAAUGUGGAAGACACGUAGAUGUUUUUAAACUAUGGUUAUCAUGGCGAGCUAAGGGAGAUGAAGGUUUUGAAAAACAUGUCGACAAAUGCAUAGAAAUGUCAACAUAUAUGACAAAUCGCAUCAAGUCAUUAGAAGGCUUCGAACUGGUAAUGGAUAAGCCGCAAUACACAAAUGUAUGCUUCUGGUAUCUGCCACCGUGGAUGCGAACAAUGCAAAAAGAUUCUACAAGAGAUCAACUUUUGGGAAAAAUUGCACCAAUUAUAAAAGCUCGAAUGAUGGAGUGUGGCAGCACCAUGAUUGGAUAUCAACCUCUUGACGACAAAGUUAAUUUUUUUCGAUGUGUCAUCAGCAACCAUGCAGUGGAAAAAUGUGACGUCGAUUUCUUGUUGGACGAGAUUCAACGACUUGGAGAGAAUUUAAAAUUAGUCCAGUAAUUAUUUCGUCCCGAUGUCCAAGAUCGAUGAAAAAUUAUAUUUUGUCACGAGUGACCGCGUUUGAGGUUGUACAGUACAGUCCAUGCUUAGAAAUACAUAUCCAGUAUUUUUUCUAUACUUUGAAUCUAUAGGAUAAUUCUCUUUUUUCACAUUUGUAACCGCUGUUAUAUCGACCCACAUAUAUCAAAUUUUGACUGAAGCUCACGCCCAAAAUCUUCGUCCACCUUACAUAGCUUCUAUUGUAAAUUUUUUUGUCAAUUUUCGAUGACUGAACCUAUAUAUAAUUCUAUACUAAAUGCUGCCAGUGAAUUACAAGCCGACAGGCCUGACUCACUGGUCGAGAAUAGUGUUUAUGGGAUGUGGUUAAAAGCUAAUUUAUUUUAUCUCAUCUUCCACUUGAUAGUAUGCUUAAAUAUUUUUUUUCAAUUUCGUGGAAUCAUGUACAAUGUGAACGAUAAUCACAAGAGCUGUCACUGUAUUCACUCUUUAUUCUCCAAGAUCUUUCCAUGCUCAUGUAUAUGUAUUCACUACAUCAGUAGUUGUGUACGUGUAAACACAGGAUGAUUUUAUUGAUCACUGUUCUCAAGCAUUGUAAUAUGUAACAUGAGCUCUGAGCAAUAGAAAUGUUCACAUGCAUCAGCUACUUAUCAAACGUGUACAAAUAUAGAAGAAUUGCACCAUUUUCCUUUUGAAAAA